UUCCGAGCGUACCGAACUCCUUACGUCAGUGGAGCGAACCUUUUCCCACGCCAAAAAGCGUUCUACUACCAGCGAAAAAACCAAAACAUCGUGAACGUGCCCGUGACGUUUUGUUUUCGUUUAAUCUUUUUUUUCGUUUUGUUUUUUCCGGCGCUGUUACCGCACUCCCACGCUUAUGCGGGAAUUUUUAAUUUAUUGUUUUGAUUUUGAUAAUGAAUUAAUUAACUGGAACCUGGAUUUUUGAUUUUGCUAAGGAAUGUGCUCAACUUUAACGUAAAAAAAAAAAAGGAUCGCAUUGAAGAUUUGUUUUGAUUUGCAUCGUACAGUGUAGUGUGCGUGUUGUUAUAAUAUUUGUGUUUCGAUUUAUUAUUUUUAUUUUGGUUUUGGUUGAUUUUAUUUUACUUCGACUGGCACUUAUCGUCUGGAGCGGCCGAACUGUCCGUUCUCCGGACGAUUUCUUUCUUGACCACUGACCGGACCCGCCGUCUGAAAAAAUCUGCUGGGUCAAAAACAUCUCCAAGUAAAAGGAGAAAAGUAAUUGAUACUUAAGUCCAAUCCUGGUGAAAAGUUUUGAUCUGAAUACAAAAACGUUUGAUAAUGAAGCUGUCACGUCUGUAGAUCUGACUUCAUUUAUAAAGUCGAAACUGCCAGUGAUGUAUAGAAAGAAGACUGAAACUUUUGUCACAGAGUCAAAAAUGUGGAGGACGAUAAGCUACAGGAGGUGGUUUUCUUGGAGACUUUCAAAGCUACCUCGGCUCCAUAUAAUGACAAUCCUAUUUAUUUCUACUGUGUUCCUGGAAGAAUGCAUCCCAAAAGUCAUCGCUCAAAACACACCAGCCUCAAGAUCUAGGAGCAGUCGACCACCUCAGGAAUUCGCAAUCGAACCUGCAGACCGGACAGCAAUUGUAGGCAAACCAGCCGUCCUACCGUGCCGAGUUCUCAACAAAGCUGGCACUUUACAGUGGACUCGAGAUGGAUUCGGUCUUGGAUCAGACCGAGAGCUUAGAGGUUUCCCUAGAUACACGAUGGUCGGCAGUGACGAUCCACCAGAACCACCAAAGAUAGUGCAAGGCGACUUCUUGCGAACGACAGCUGGAAUGACAGUGGAAUUAACAUGCGAAUCUCAUGCUGGAAAACCACCUGCUGAGCUGACGUGGUUGGACGGCGAAGGCAAUGUUGUAACAGACGACAUCGAAUACACGACACAACUUUUAGGGGACAACAAAAGGGCCAAUGCUGCCCUCAAGUGGACACUCACCCCUCGCAGGGAGCAUGAUGGUAAAACUUUCACAUGUCGCUCCGAAAAUCCGGCACUCACGCAACCACUGCAUGCCAGAAUAAGUCUGGAAGUCAAAUAUCCUCCAGAAAUUACUCUCAAAGUGAGUUCUGACAAGAUUAUGGAGGGCGAUAACGUGAAGUUCACCUGCGAAGCUGUCGCCAAUCCGGCCGACGUCAACAUCAAGUGGCAAAGGAACGACGAAGUGAUAGCGGGGGACCACAGCACAACCUACACAAUAUCCCGAGUCACACGUGAAUACAACAAGGACACCAUCAGCUGCGAAGUGAGCAAUGCUGUGGGAACUACAAAGUCAACACACACUCUCAAUGUCCUCUAUGGUCCCGUGUUCCGAUCGACAAUCGAAAAUGUCGCGGCCGACAUCGGAUCAGAGGUGACUCUGAGCUGCGAUGUCGAUGGCAACCCGAAACCCGACACAGUUUGGACGUUCGAAGGAUCCGACGCUGUUCUCAGCACACAGUCCAAAUUGGUCAUCCCACAGCUCACACUGGACAGAGCAGGUAGAUACACAUGCCGUGCUACAGUAGUGGGAUUUCCAGAGAUUUCAACUGAUGUCCUUGUUUUCAUCAAAGGACCACCUAGAGUUCGAAGUGACCCAGUUCAAUAUGGAAUGGAGGGUGAAGUUGUGAAACUGCAAUGUGUCAUAGCAUCUGUGCCUGCACCGACAAGGAUACUAUGGUCUAGGAAUUCACAGCACGUUGAUAUUGACAAUAAUGAUGGAUAUGAAAUUGUCGAAGAAGCAAUAGCAGGAGGCGUAAAAAAUAUUCUGAUUAUCCACAAUGCCGACGAAGACGACUUCGGCCAGUAUAAUUGCUCAGUAUGGAAUGCUUUUGGUCAAGAUAGUAUGCUCAUACUACUUAAAAAACAAAAGAGCCUUCCUAUGUUAAUUAUAUUAGCCGGAGUCAUCGGCGGCAUCGUUUUCAUAGUCUCAGUGACAAUAGUCAUAAUAUUGUGUCUAAGGCGGAAAUCCGUCAUAAAAGAUGAGGACUACGGGUCUGAGAAAAAAACGAAACAGUCGGACUCGGCCUCGUCCGGAGACUCGGACUUUAAGGCCGAGAUCCGGACGGCCUCGUCCCUCUCCAACAAUGAACACGACAGGAGCUGGGAAGAGAAUAGCGACCGAGCUCAAGACAACAUUUUCAAAUACAACCCCAACGACUACCCGGAGACUAACUUCCCACCCAAACCGGAAAGCCAAGUUAACAACGGCUACAUCCCGUACGUGGAUUACACUCGUGAUUACACCCCUCCAGCCGUCCCACCCACUGGUGGCGUCCGAGACAGCGGCCUCUAUGGUAGUCCACCCCAAUCAUUGAGCGAUCUCUCACAUACGGUGGAUCCCCGUUACAGAGCAGGAUACGCCAAUCCUUAUCUGCGAAACUCAACAUCAAAUCUACCACUACCACCACAAGGUGGCGUCUUCGUCACUUCGACGUGGGGUGGUCACCAUACCCCGAGCCCUACGUCCCCAGCGGCUGCUGGACAGCAGCCAAGCUCGCAGGGUCAAGCCCCAGCACAAAAUCGGUAUAUCACCGCCCAGCAGGGACAAACACAUCUGAAGCCGGGAACGCUGGCCACGCACGUCUGACGCUAGGCUCUGUCGUCUGGGAUGAUCUUGGCAACUUUUUUUUUCUUGUCAAAUGUUGCUUUCCAAUUAUUGAAAAGGAGGAUUAAAGAAAAAAAAAACAAUGGUGUACAACAUCUUCUCCCUCUGUACUACCACUUCUUUUACUGGUUGGUACCAGUGGGCUUCCAGUCAUAGCCAACCUCACCACAAGUCGACGGAUUUCUUCAACUAUCUUCAUCAACUAUAAGUGUGGUAUGAUGCGCAGUUGUUGGACGCCUGCAUUUUCAGUUUCGACCUCCUAAAUGUUCGUCCCCUGACAAAUAUAAGAACAUUACGCUGAUCUGUCAUGUUUCUUUUCGUGCGUGUCUUAAUGAGGAGCUUGUUUGCUGUCCGAGUGAAAAACUGCCUUGUGUAUAUCAAAAAGAAGUUGCUAAGCUCUGUACAAAUAUUAAAAAAAAAAACCCUCAAAGACUGAAUAAAGACUCGGAUGCCGCAGAAUUAAAAAACCUGUUAUGUAUUUAACUAUGCAAAUUUCUUUUCCGAUUGUUGAACAUUUGUAGGGACUAUGUGUGGAGCCACUUUAAGGUCUCCCGUUUAUGAUCCGAAAAAAACUGGUGCAGAAAUGCUCUGCUUGAAGAACGUCUUCUAAAAACCAGUUCUUUUUGGCAUUCGCAAUUAGUCACAACUACUACAACAACAACCUUGAAGAAUGGGCUCCAGAACCUUUAUUUGACAAAGUACUACAUGUCACCAACUCUUAACUGGAACUAUGGACUUGAUACUCCAGUGAAUUUGUGCCACUUUGAACUUUAGUGUUAUGUUUUCCUCCCGCCACCUGUCCUAAGAUGAGUGUAUUGAGGAAAUUGUUUUAAGAUUAUGAGAGACUUAUAAACUUAUAAGAAAUACGUGUAUAAAAUAAAAUUUAAAACAAAAAAAAAUUAAAAGGUGCUUAUUACCAUUUUUCUGCUGAUGCCUGAUGUAGAAAAUACCUACCCAAUCUGCAUGGUCUUUUACGUAUCAGUCAUUUUUUUCAUCGUCACUUUCAUCAUUUGAAGUAUAAAGGAUUCUUAUAAUUAAAGAGUACUUAUACAUAUUUGAGGUGUAAUUGAAUGACCGUUUAUAUUCGUGUCUUUUUAUCUUUCCUAAGAAAUCCGUGGCCCUUUCUUCGAUGAACUAUUCAUAUGAAACAAAAAUGAAAUACUACAGUACGGGACACCUACUCGUAAAUUAACCUAAAACUCAGUAUUGAAAUCUUUUUCCAAAGAUCAUCUGUACUAUUCUACGUUCUUAUUUUUAAAGCCUCGUUUUCAUCGAUAUCGUUUUCCAACUUCUGCUCACAAUUUUUUGGCUGUGAUUGUAACUGUUACGAAAUAAUCCUCGUGUUGCAGAGGCUUGCUUUUUACUGAGAUCUCUGUUUUUUCGUAUUCUUUAAUUCUGCAUGCUGUUAAAUAUUUUCUAAAGAAAACUUGUCGAUUAAGAAGACUUAAACUUGCAUCGGUUGCAGUUCGUCAACCUCUCCUUCGAUUCAUUCAUUUUAUUGUUUAUUAUUUAUGUUCAUGUUUUUAUGUUUUUGCUGUUUGUAACAUACGUUGAAGCUACUUCAGUUUGGUCUAUGGAGUGACGUAAAUAUAAAAAUGCGCAGCAUUUGCAUGAUAGCUCGAUCCUGGAUGAUCACAGCGUUUUGUUUUGCUUUAAAACAAACAAGUACUGUAAUGACUCUUCAGGAUUUAAAUUUCUUUUCAUUAAUAGCUUGUAUAACUAAAAUACGGUUAAAAUAAAAUAAAAAGAUUUGCUAUAAACAAGUGGUAGACGUUUUACGUUAGAGAUCUUCAAAUCAUGGCGAUUCUAUUCUCAUCAAAAGUUAUGAAUGUUUAGUAGUUUUAUUAAAUGUUUAUUACAUUUUAAUAUUAAAUUUGUUUUAUUAUUGGAAUUAUCGAAAGCCUUAGAAAAACUGUGAAUUUUCUACUUAAUAAGCAUAUCAUCAAAAAUUUCAUUUCUUUUUCUAUCGUUCGUCGUUAUUUAUAAAGUAGAGAGCCGAUUAAUGACAAAAUUUGAACAAAAUAUAGAAAAUAUUUAUAUUAAGUCAUUACAUUUAAGUAACUCUUUAAUAUCAUUGAUUUUUUUGCAUAUUUAUAAAUAUAUGAAAAAUCCUAUUAAUAGUUGUACUUAAGUUAAAACUGAUUUUUUUGCAAACAACAAAAAUUUUUAUAACAUCCCUUUAAAAACAAAAAAUAUCAAUAAUAAAAAAUUUUGUAAAAUUCCAUAAAUUCUAAUAUAUUCUAUAAAUAAAUUUGCUUUAAUAACAAAACAUCAUAAGAUAAGAUAUCAUUAUAAUUGCCAACUAAAGGAAUGUCUUGGAGGAAUUGUCUACACCUAUUAAAAUGCAAAAUGUAUUAUUUUUGUUACUUAAUCCGAAAACAUGGCUAAAUCAAAAGACUUUAAACGGUUUGGAAUUCAAUCUAAAAGUCCUGGUGUUCUAAAUUGCCAAACAAAUUUAUUAAUCCAACAAAUGAAUAAUAGAAAAAUACCUUGCAAUAGCAACAAUACAAUAGCUUUUCUCAUUACUAAUAUAAAUCGGCUGUUUUACCAACUGAAUCAAUAGGAUAAAACGAGUUUCCAACAUACAGGAACAUUUCACUUUUAUUCCAUAAGAUGCUUUAAACCGUUAGGGAUUUACAUGAGCAAAAUAGUUCCUACUGCUUUAGUAGUUUGUCUGAUUUUCAGAAAUUGGAAAAAACAUUUUUUUCAUCUAAAGCUAGAAACGGGGAAAUGUAAUUCCAAUCAUAAAACAUAAUGAUAAUACGAUUAAGAUAAUAGGAUAUCGCUGAAACCCAAAGCGCUCUCCAGUGGGUUACUAUCUCUCGCGUAAAAUGUCUACCAACAACUGACCAUUUGCUGAAGCUGACCACUUUUGAAAUGAACUCUCCUGUACAGAAGUUGCUUCAUCGUAUCAUAUCCAAAGAUGUAUGUCCUGCAUUUGAUUUUUAUUGUAUUUAUACUGGUUAGCCGAUUCCGUAGAGAGUUCUUCAUGCCUUCGAAUCUUCCGAUCAGAGCCCCCCACGUUGUUUGUGGGAGCGCUUCUGUCCGUCAUAUCCUCUCUUCCCCUCCUGACCCUAGAACAUAGUGCCAGUCAUCGUGUAAAUAUGUGUAUAAGAGGACAAACAAAAAAGAGUGUAUGCUGCCGUUGCUGUUAGUAUUUAUGACGGUGGAAAUCCAGACAUAAACUGACAUUGCCAUCAUAUAUUUUUCACUGUGAAAUGAUGUAAGCAAUAAAGUUUCCGGAAUUAAAUGUUUUUGUUAUGA